ACAAAUCUGUCGGGGGAGCACGCCGCCGUCGCCAAAUGUAAUACGACAAAACCGUGUGAGACGACGACUUGACCAAAAGUUCAAUAAUGAUUGUUAUCUUCUGUAGUAACGCGAUCAAAUGUUAUUAUUUAACUUGUUCGUUUUGUCUGUUACGCUAAAACGAAUUGCAUGUUCGUUUACCCUUACAAAAGAAAUGAUCUGUCCCACACCAGACCACCACGGAAAAUGGCGACGGUAAAAUAGAUGGAAGACGAAAGUAAGAUAUUAUUCAAUGCAGCGUUUAAAUUGUUCCCUGUCCCCAUCUGCACUGCGUGGAGGUAACGUAUGCUUGUUUUCACCAUUUUCUUAACGUUCGUAUGGUAUAUAGCGAAGAUAGCUUGACAUUAGCUGUAGUUUAGCCUGAAGAAAAGGUUUUGGUAUGGAGCAGCCUUAAUGGAAUGGUCUGCACUGCUCCUGCAAGCAGCAUCUAACAACACACUGGGAUAUAAACGCUGACAAAACGCAACCAAACAGGUCUGGAACUAAGUAUAAAUAACCAGACUUACCCUAAUUUCCCGUAUCUCUGGAAAUCGUUCCGAACUAUCAUUAGUUGGCGGUUAACCGAACUACUAUGCUGAAAGUUUUAGCUGCACACAAAAUCUACAACUGCUCAUCGAAAACCAUGACCGAGGUUCUUCCCUUUGCUUUUUACUGUUUGUCUUUUUAGCCAUGAAACAUCUUUCGCUACCAGAGCAGCAUUCAUAAGGUAUGACACUUUUAUUGCCCUUCAAAUCCAAGACCUCUCACACCGGCGACCUUGUAGUGAUAUAAAUGGCCACAAUUAAUCUUUUCAGUAAGGUUUCAGGUAUAUAAUGUUUAGAUAUACAUACAUAAAGACUGUUAAUACUGAGAAAGGAAAAUAACCAAUGCUAGGGACACUGUAAGUACUUAUCUGAUAACUUUUUGCAUCAAGCAAACACAUUCUAGUAAACAGGAACUACCUGUUUCAAGCUCAUACUCACAAACCAUGGGUGACUUUAAAUAUUGGACACAUAAAAGCCUAAAAAGGCUUGGAGCACCGUCUUGGUCUUUAGCAUUUGCUAAAAUAUGCUAAAAGCUUCAAGUAACUAUCAUCUUAAACAGAUGGAGUAAACCAUCUUCACUAUUACUGUUAAACUCAAAGCUAAUAAUUAUAACAUUAAUCAUCCACGUUAUCUAGUUGCUAGUUUUUAAAACAACUCUUGGUCAAUACAAUGGCACAACAGUGGAAAAAAUACCUUACAAUUUUUUGAUCCAAGGUUGUUAUGUUUGACGCUAGCCACAUCUCAAUCAGAUACAGUCUCCGUUGAACAAAGGAUUCUAGCAAAUCUAGUAAAUUCUAAAGCCUGGCUAAUACUUUUGCGUUGGUGAUAUGUCGCAGCAUAUACCAAAGAUUUGCACAGCCUUAUUCCAAAGUUAAAGUCUACAUAUGUAGCCUGAUAUGCAACUUCUCCUGAUAUGUGCUCCUCAAAACAACACAUCCUACAGGCCAUGUCCACCCAGUGACUACUACGGUUGGGUACUGUUUGAUUUUGAACGAUUCCGAUUCCUUGUUUCGAUUUCGACUAUUUCGAUUCUUUAAAAAGGCAGGAUAUUAAGAAAAAAAUGCAUGGUUUAAAUGAGGGUGCUAACCAGAGUUCUUCUUCUUCUUGGAUUAAAUUUCUGAACUUCUCCAUGAAUGCUUAAAUUACAUUAACUUUUUGAGACCUUUACUAUGAAUUUCUCACAGAGCUAUUUUCAACCAGUUUAUAUACAUUUUUGUUGUCAGGUUGUUUGUCUAUGAAAAAGUACAAGGGCUAGCGUUAGUUGGAUAUUUAAAUUGACCCACCGUACACAGUACAAUUUGUUUGACGCUUCAAAGUUAGCAGAAGACAGAAGUAAUUUAUUGUUUCACUUACCUGAUUCUGACCGGUUAGCGGAAGACCAGUGUCGUGCCGUAGAAUGCAUGCCUGCCAUAGAAUGCAUCCCCUUGACUCAUUAGCUUCUUAAAGUGGAAGAAAAUGAGUAUUAGUUAAUGACAACAUGUCAAAUGGAGCAGUAAACUUUUGUUUUGUUUUCAUGUGUCUCAAAAAUGCACAUAUAGAGGUGUACUUGGGUGUAUAAACUCUACAGUAAGCUGUCACGGUAGAGAACAUUAUAUUUUCGGGACAGCAAAUAUUCUGAAUCAGAGGGCUAUCGUUUUCGGCUUAUCUGAAUAGCCUGAAUGAAAUCAUUAAAGGCACAUGCUUAAGAAUCCGUCCAAUGGAUUAUUUCGCCUUGUUAAGUACUUUCAACCGUGCUCUCGUCAGGGGUGCAUUCUACGGCAGGGGUGCAUUCUACGGCACAACACCUGCGAAGCGCGUCAAAGACGGGCACUCAGGUAUAUCGCCUCCAUUAAUCCUGAGGUGUUUAAUCAUGUUGGCCGUGCACCCUCCUUUGCAUAACUGUAUUGCUAAUGUUGCACUGAGACCCACACCGGCUGCAUUGCUGUGGGUUGCAAUCAUAAACUGUAUGGACAACUUAGUUCCGCCUCCCACCUGUAUCCGGAUUUGAAGCCAAAAAGCUCUCGGUAUUUCCGGUAUUUUUCUUCAUUUCCUGAAACCAGCGCUGCGCAGUAGCGUUGAGCGCAUUCGGCGGUAGAGUCGCUGAGCGUCGCUGUGAUGAUGCUUGGCCUAAACAGCGUAUCCCCUGGGUGAGCUACGCAAUUUUUGUACGCCCAUAGGCUGUAUCAGGUGUCAAUCAAAGAAAACAUGAACCCCCUAAUAACUUUUAAAACGAAGCUUCACAGAAAAAGAGGACUUGAGCACAAACCAGUCUUACUCUACAUGUCAACAUCACAAGCAGGGGGGAGAAAAAUUUAUGUUCUGUGUAAAAAAAUUCCUAAAAAUGUGUCCACAGCCUCAUAAGCUUUGCUGGCGGAGGCUGGAUUUAUGACCUAUACUGCAGCCGGUCACCAGAGGGUGCUGCUCUUGGAGUGACUUCACCCAGCAAGGAAGCAGACACUGUCCAUUCUAUAUACAGUCUACGGUUGCAAUGCACUCUCUCUCUCUGUCUCUCUUCUCUCUCUCUGUGGCUUCGUCUCAUACGCUCCGUUCUCGUUGGUGUUCGGCGGCUUCUUCUUCGUUGGUGUUUGGUGGCUAUUUCUUCCAGUCGGCGGACUCCGGCAUCAAAACUUGGAAUUGAAAUUUUAAAAUCUGAACGAUUCCGGGGGAAUCGGGAUGUUUGUCCAGGUCCCCAUCAAUGCUCGAUUCUCAAUACCCAACCCUAGUGACUACUAUUAUUUAGUAUUGCCAUGGUAUCCUACCUUUACCUGCACUGAAUUAAUGGCCGUGAAUGCCAUCUUCUCCAAUGUCACCUUCCCUUUCCUUUGUAGUUUGCAAUAAUUGCUGCUCAAAUACAGUAUAUUGAUUCCAACCACAACAUAAUAACACACCACUUACUAGUGUCUAGAUGUUGAAUUGCAGAGCUGCAUAGACACUCCAGUAAACUACUAUGUAGUACUCAUCGGGCCGAUUCUUUUCAUCCCAUGUAUGCAAAAGUACAAUACAUGUCACGACCAUGGUUGGUAUUCUCCAUUGCGCUACGCUUCUCAUCAGAUAAAGAAUGUCGCUAUAGCCUGCAUUGGUCACCAGAGCUGUUCGUCAAGUCUAGGGAUGUGUGCAGUCAGCUAAACAACUGAACACUGUCACCCCUGCUGGUCCACAUUCGAAAUACUAAUGAGUAAGGAAUUGAUUUUAUUACUGUAUGUCCAAAACAUUAGUCAUAUGUUGUGUUAAAGCUGAAGCUCAGCCACCCACCACUAGCCAGAGCUACUGCGUUAAUGCUAUAAUUCUUCUUUUGGAUGUAAGCAAAAACAGACGACAGAUAGCAUGUUAAUAUGCUACAUAUUUUGGCCUAAAAAUGGUGGCUUUAAGAAUGCUGUGUUUGCUCAAAUUUGCAUACUACCAUAUGACCAGAAUCUGACACCAGCACAGCCAUGUGGUAAUUAACCAAAGGCUGGUGGUGCUAGCUCUGCUAAUGUUAGCCACACACAGCAACUUAUUUGACAUUGUUUACCAGCAAACUCUUGUGUUCCCUUGUUUAGCCAUGUUAGAUUUUGCUCAGUUUUCACUGCUUUCAAAAUGCUUUCAUGCCCUCGACUAGUUGGUUAGCCAAAAUAUAAGUUUCACUUUAAAGUACUGGGAAAUCAGUCACUACAGAAAUCCACAAUAUUAAGUUAAAUACAAUGUGGGUUUUUUUAUUAAGAUAUAAAUGAAGGCUCAAGGCACAUCAUUUAUCUCGGCUCUUUCCCCAUUGUCACUGGAGUUAUUCAAGGAACUGUCUCAACUCUACCACGAACCCUCUUCGACCUACCUCAACUGGACAAACUCCAACUUUCUGUCCUUGCUGUUCAAUUUCAGCUGCAUAGCCAAGCUUUAUCCUUUUUUACAAUUCCUCCACUGAAUCCUCCCUGGGCACUGUCAGUUCCAUGAAAUAAACUUUUUACCAACUGAUCAACCAUAGCAUUGAAUCAGGCCUCAGGUCAGUGGAUGCUAUUUCCUGUUGGACAACAAGUUUUCCUCCCAAAUUUAACUGAAUCUCCCAAUCAUUCGCACUCUUUUGUUAGACUGACUUGUGCCAGUUUUGAAAUUGUACCUUCUUUGCACUUCUCUUCCUUAAGGACAGACUUGCACUUUUUUUCUGACAACACCCUGAACUCACUCAUCGUCUCCAACUUCUGAUUGUCUCUGCAAGGCUUUGGGAUGGACAAACCUUACAAUCUAGCAGAAUAUGGCAGAAAAUGUCUUAAAAUUGCUGUCUUUGCACACAAUAGGUACAAUGGGUCCUCCUCCUGCUAUCUUGCUGCAUAGUCCCAGUCUUGUGUGUCUAAGUGCUGCCUCUACAUCCUGUUCUUCUUCUCUGAGUUUACUUGUUCUCUGUCGAGUUGGAUUUGGAACCAGCGCAUCAGCCAACAUUUCUGUCCUUACCUUUGCUCACUUGAACUCUUAUGUCUAACAAGUUGUUGGUAGCUGGAAUAUGCCAUUACCCAACAUUGCCACCUUACUAAGACACAUAGGAACCCCUACCCAUUAUCUCAUAUCAACCUCUUCAGCAUUUCCAAAUUAGAACUUCAUAAACUGAAAGUGGCUACUUCAAUCUCAAGAAUAGAUCCAAGUACAGACACCACAGCCUCAACUUACCCUAAACUCCUGACAUGCCCAUCUUUCCUAUCCUUACUGCAGCAUCUUUCCUCAAUUAUUUUAUCUGACCACUACCUUUCAUGUCUCCAUCAUACCACCUACUCAGAUUCUUUACUGAAUUUUCCUAAAAGGAUGUAAUAUCCCCCUCACAUACAUAAAACUUCCUCUGUGUAAACUUCUCCCAUAACACCAAGAUACUUCUUGAUUUACCAGACCUAAUCUUCAUCUUUGCCCAUUGGAAAUUCUUGGUUAACCUCUCUAACAUCCUUUUAGUACAUGGCACUGACAAGGUCACCACUCACUAUUGACAUGUCAUCCUUGUAAACCCUAAUCUGUUGGAACUGCAGAUCUUCCUGUCACUGCUCCUCUACAGCCACCCACUUUAAAACUCCACAAAUUACCUCUGAUAUCAGCAUGAAAUGGUGUACCCCAUCCUGAUGUCUGUUCCUAGUCUCUGACAUCUAAGAAAUACGCUUUCACUAGGUUUACGUUUACCCCUGGGACAUUCAAGAGGUCAAAAGUAACCCAAAUAAGAUUGUGUGGUACUAAACCAAACCCGCUGACUAUAUCCAAAAUACCUAAUUCAGAUCUCUGUCCUCUAUCUUAGCUGCCUGAAUCUGACCAUAACUGAAAGGCACUUUAAUCAACUUGUCAUACCAAGUGAAAUGUUUUUUUAAAAUGCCAUCAUGAAAUGUCAAAAAAGGUCUUAUCCUAAGAAGGUGCUUAUUGUAUCUUGCAUCCUAGCUUGAUCAUAAUAUUAAUGCUUUCCUCUAACUUAACAACAUGCCAAAAGAGAAAACCGGCAAUCCAUUCCAGACUGGUUGACUUUCAUUAUGCAGAAGCAGACAAACCUCAGUCAAAUGUGAACAGGUUUAAAUGUAAACUUUUGAAUGAUGGCCUAGGAUUUUAUCGAGACAUACCUGGCAUUUAGGAAAGUCUAAGAAGGUUGUACUUUUCUGUUUCAGGUCAUGGCAGGUGAAAUGUCAUGUCUGUCAGGUGUUGAUGAAGAUGACAAAGAUGCUGAACCUGAGAUCAAUGCCUUCACACUCCUCCAAGAGCCUAUGAAGAUGGAACAAGAAUCAGCCUCAUGCACUGAGUCAUUUAGCAAGCCUUCAUUAAAACAAAACUGUGUCCUUGAUGUUCUGUCAAAUACAGAUAUGCUGUCUUCAGUUGGCCUAGGAAAUGGACCGUCUUCACAUCAGGCUACACAAGCCCAUGACCUCAACUGCAUCUCCACAGAGAAAGAGGAGGCAAAAAGCAUCACUCCGCUAAAAACUGUGCAGGAAAUUGACACUGCAGGAAUUUGGGGUUUUGAUGAAGACUCGCCUGAAAACUCGUUGGAUAAUUUUGGUGGUGCUAGUGAUCUUCAUUGGGACCGUCACAAAGAGUUUAUGCAGUUUCUCUGGGAGAGCCAUGGUGAUUCCCCAGGUGAGGAGCCCAAAGACGAUGUACCGUCUGCCAAUAACCGAAGGAGAAGGAAACGGAAAAUGGACAUGGUUGUUAUGGUGGAUCCCUCAGAGGACCUUUAUCCUGAUCUGAGCCCCAAGUCAUCUGAGGAGUUAUCUGAUGCUGAAGGCCAAGAAGACUCUGAUCCUGUGAGCAAAGUCCAAGGGUCUAGGAAGUUUUCCAAGUCACCAACAGAAAAAGUUUCAAAGUAUCCCAAUGGAACUGUAAAGGCCAUCAAGGACAUCCUUUACAACGGACCUGCAAGAAAUUCACAUGAGAACAAUAUAAGUCGUGGAUUUUCACCACUGAAAAGGAGGUUAACAAUGAAUUCCCAUUCAGAGGAGAAGCCAAAAUGUUACCCUUGCUCAAAAUGUAAGCUCGUUUUCAAGAAAGAACACCAUCUGCGUCAUCAUAUGAAGUCCCAUGUUGACCAUCCUACCAUCUCGCAUAAGCCCUUUAUAUGCCGUGAAUGUGGACAGGCCUUCAGACAAAGUGGUUCACUCAUUGAGCACAUGACUGUCCACCAGGAAAAGAGGGAGAGACUCACUGAAGAGAUCAAAGAAAUGAAUGACAAGAAGAAAGCAGAGGGAAAAAAGCUUUUCUGUCCUCAGUGCCCAUUUGUUACACACUGCCCAAACACAUUUGUCCAACAUGCAAAAACACAUGAGAAGGACAAGAGAAAGUUUAGAUGUGACAAAUGUAGCUUCAGGUGUCUGAGUGAGAAUGAUCUAAGGAGGCAUAACAUUUUGCAGCACACCAUGAUCACAGUUGGUAAGCAAGUGGAGGAUGAUAACACUGGAACAUUUUCCUGUAACAUUUGUCCUUAUAAAGCUUUUAGCAAAAGUGUUUUUAAAAAUCACCUUCUGCGACGCCAUCAACAAACUUUCGAGGAAUAUGAAGUUUUGCUGGAUAGUGAUAACAACACAUCAGCAUUUAAGGAGAAGCAUGUGCCUACUUGUGAAACACCUGUUGGAGAUGCAGAGUUCACAUCUAAAAUCUUGAUUAAGGAUCACAUUUCUUCUAAAAGAGCUUCAUCACCUAGCGAGUCCAGUGACAUUUCAGAUUUGUUCAAAAAUACCAAGAUUAGGAGAGGUCUCAAGUCCCAUCUAACAGAAUCAAAGCUUGACAAAUCGAUCAAUGUUCUCCUGUCCCGACAAAGACAUGGAAAGAAGACCACAGAACAGAGGAAAGAAAGCAAUAAUUGCAGUAAACCUGUCCAGAAUUCCAGAAGUGACAAAGAUGGCUCAGCUCAAUCGCAAGGAACAUUAGCUGUCAAGGUUGAAGAAUCAGGUCCAUCUCUAGCUUGCGAUAGGUUGCUAUCAUGUGAAGGCCAAAUUGAUCUUACCUGCAGCAGUGCAUCCAAGGUAAAUGAGGAUCAGUCCCCAUUCAGAAAGUCACCCUCUAAACGGAAGAUGUCCACCCCAUUUCGCAAUACCUCCGAUCAAGACUCAUGCUUUAUCUUGCCAAAACCAAGCCCCAAGAAAAUAAACCAGGAGGAAGAGUCAGACCAUGACGAAAAGGAUGUUUUCAAGCUCAAGGAAACUGAUUUCAGCACCAACCGUUUUGACAAUGAUAUCAAGAAAGAAAAGCCCAACAUCAUCUACACAUACAGCAGGAGGAUGUCCAUGCGAGGUGCUCUGCAAGCAUCCAAAAGGCUUUUUGAGAAAAUAAAGACUGAAGAGCAAGAACAAGAUAACCCUGAAAUCAAAGAAGAAUGCAUGGAAACUGAAGUAUUUCAAGAAAACUUUGAGACCCACCAAAUACCAUUGAGUGAAUCCCUUUCAGACAGUGUGUCAGACUUGGAUUCUGAGCGUAAAACCUGUCCUUAUUGCCCGGCUGUCUUUGAGUCAGGUGUUGGGUUGUCUAAUCAUGUUCGAGGGCAUCUUCACAGGGCUGGACUGAGCUACAAUGCACGCCAUGUAGUGCCUCCUGAGCAGGUAGCUUCCCAUGACAGAAGACCACGAAUUCGACGGAGGAUGUCUGCAUUCCGUAGAUUGAGAAAAGGUACUCACCCACUUUCUGCCACUCUCUAGUUAAGUCAAAUUCUGCUUUACAACAACUAUCAUUAUAGUGGCUCUAGCCAUCAGGUCUUAUGUUUGUUACCCCAUAUUCGACUUGCCAAGUCAUUGCUUUAGCAUACUUUGAUGUACAAAGCUUAGGUUUUGUUAUUGUACUCACAAAUGUUGGAGGUUAGUGGUUCAUGAUGUCUUUCUCUGCUUUGUUUUACAGCAUUACAGAUGGAUUCAGAGUCUGAAACUGUGAAGAGCAUUCACUCCUGCCCUUUGUGUGGGGAUUCAUUUGACAACAGGACUGGACAGUCCAACCACAUACGAGGCCACCUCAAAAAGCUUGGCAAAAGCUUUUCCAAAAAGAGCAAAUCCCCAUUAUUUUUACUCCGGGAGUUGAUGCGUGACAAGAAGGAGUUCCAGCGAGCACUCCAAAUUCUUGGAAAGAGACGAAACCAUUUCCAAUAUGGUGCUUCACCAAAGCUGUCUGGUGUCGAUUGUUUCAGGUCACACCCAGUUGGAAUCCCAAAAAGGAAUUCUUUUUCUAGUGUUUGCACUGAAACCGGACCACGAUUACCCACAUGUUCGAUUACGGAACUGAAAUCAGAUGAAAGGCAACUAGAGACUAAGCUUGAUAUAAAAAAUUCACUCUCUGGCACAAAUGCCUUAAUAGGAAUUCUGAAGAAGAGGAAGUGUCAGGAAGAAGUCAGACUAAAGGGGUCUUCUCAGAUGUCAAAAAACACAUUAGCAGUUUCUUCAAACGGUGAACACUGUCCAGGAUCGAGGGUUUCAUCUUCGCUGCCAAAGUCAACAUUGGGUAAGUCGCUUCUUUGACAAGUUGUAGUAGAAGUCGUAGUCUCCUGGAAUCUUUUGAUUACCUUUUGUAGUCAGUUAGAAACCUUGAAUCGCUCAGAUUUUGAUGUUGCAGAUAAAUUUUCAAAAUUAUGGGCUUCAUUGCAGCCCAGAAAGUUAAGCAACUGUUUUGUGAAAACAGUGACAUCUUUGUGAUCAUCAGAAACAUAUGUUGUUAAAAUAACAGAAAAUUACUAGACAGUAACUUAAAUCCAUAAAAGUCAUAGAUGGGGAAUAAUGUGCACUGAGCAGAUGGUGAUGUAAAUAAGAAUACUGAUCUGAAUUAUUUCAAAGUGAGACAAGUCCUUUCAGAUUGCAUUGUGGUCUUGCUCACCCCGUAGGGUUCCAAUUUGCAUAACCAUCUGCUUACUAUAUUUUAUCAUACUUGUUUCCUGGGUAAGAACUAAAAACAUCAGUAAGUUGACACAAAUGAUUAAAUCCAACACCUCAUGGAAACAGGUCCUAAUCUGCCUGCCCUCUAUGUGGAUAAGCAUUAACUGAGAAUUUCACUUCACAACCAGAUUAAAACAUAAACCUGCUCAUUUGUCGUAGUUCACAUUAUGCCUAACAUUUCCAGUAAGGUUGAAGAUAAUUUGUGCAGGAAUAUUUUUGUUGACCUUUCCCAUCCUCUUCUGUUAAGGCUGUGCAGUUGACAAACCAUUGAACGUAUGUGAGGCCAAUGUGACAACUGUAAGCAAUGUGUCCCUUAAAACUAAUAGGCAUUUAAGUCACUUUGUCAGCAACUUACAGGUGUACUCAUAAACUCUAGUGUCAUGGCCUGGAUUGCAGGACAGGAUCUUGCUCCAUUUUUUCCUCCCAGAGAUGGUCAGGGUUUAGUAGCACCUCAAGCUGCUCAUACGUCUUUGCCUGGCAACUCAUUGGGCUCUAUUUUCGUGUACGCUGGUGAGGUGACGGAGGGUGGCAGACCCCGCGUAGUUGUAUUUUCGUCUGGCGGAGCCCGGCGUACAGCCAGUUUGGUAUUUUUGUGGACUGAGGCGCACGGAGGCGAACCGAGAUCCACCAAGCUGGGCGAGGUGGCGUGGCAGGGGAAGAUGUCGACAGAAUCAGCGGGCGCAGUGACAUUUUCGUGCUUGCCAGUGGCGUGUAAAGUGCGCUGAAAGCUCGCAGAUUCAAACCUGGUCAGCUUUCAGCGCAGGCGGAGCGGAGCUGGUCUAGUAGUAUUUUGGUAGACUGGCGGCGUAUUGGCAUACGUCACCGAUGCCUCACCAGCAGGUUUCCACAGUGUCAGGCACAUUUCAGUGCAAUAAAUAAUCAUCAACAACUAUUAAUCUGAGUCAGCACAUACAUUUAGAUCUAUAUAGAUAUAUUCUGAUCUAUAUCUGAUCUGAUGAGCGCGUUUGGCACGCGUUUGGACACACAACCUGACUGAAUCAACACAGCUGAAACCGCAUUAAAUUAAAUUAAAUAUCUAGUAAAUAAACACACAUGAUGAAGUUAACAAGAUAUUUAAUUUGUCUCCCUCCUUUUCUUUCUUCCUCUUCCUCUUAUUUCUCGCGCAGCUCGACCUGGACAUGUCUCCGUGUCCUCUCUCCGUCCUGCUGCAGCUGCGGCUGAACAGAUGAUUUGUUUCAGUGCUCAGAUGAGUUAUCUACUUUAAGCCGACAUACGGAUAUUAUAAUAUUGAAAUUUGUGAGUCAGAUUUAUUUAAUAUGCCAACAUCUAUGAAAGAAAGAGCCAGGCCACGGAGUGCGAUGCGUCAUUUACGCACAGAUGGUUCCAAUUUUAAUGCCAUUUUUAGAGUUUAUGUUGUGAUCUGUGCGCUCAACCCACCUUUGUCACGUGAGGUUUGAAUAUAUGCAACUUAAUGUGAGUGUCUUAAUUAGUGGAAAAGGGUGUUUUUCUUACCACUGAGUCCAACAUUACACACACCAAAUCCAUCUGUGCUCAUAUGAGAGAGUGUGGAGGACGCCCAAUGCAGCGCUUACAGUGACACUUGUUGAGGAGCUGCCUUCUGUCGCCAUCGUGUGGCAAAACUGUCUUCAGACAUCUCUUGAUCUCUUUGACUACUUCACGAAAAUAGUAAUACGCCUCGCCGGUGAGGGAUUUAAAGGCAAGGAGAGGAGCUUAUGUGAUUGGUGAAAACAGGUCUCGGCUGUGCUAAACCCACUCCACGCCCUCUCUCCUCCCUCGCAACGACUUACGCCGCUGGGAGGAGCUGAGUUAGGGAGGGGGGAUACUUACGCCGGGCUGCGCCGCUCACCAAAAUACCAAAUUGUGCUUGGGAACGCCUUGUCAGCGCGAUGGACCUGACUUACGCCGCUCCUGCAGCACGUCUCUGGCGAGGCACGAAAAUAGAGCCCAUUAUCUUUAGUCUUAGAGGGAAACUACUGUUAUGCCAAAGUGUCAGCAAGCAAGCAAGCAAUUAAUAUGUGCCAGGCUUUUGUUAUCUGAUUUGGGAUUUAUGAAUCCAGUGAACUGAUCUUAUUUGUGAAUUUAGGUUUUAACAUAUUUGUAUUCUUUGUGUUUUGUCUUUUUUUUUACAGAGAAAGGUGAAUUCAACAGGAAGGUGUGUGUCCAUUGCAAUGCAACUUUCCAUAGUGGCGUUAGCUUGUCAAAUCACCUCCGGGCAUAUGCAAAACGAAAAAGGACUGCUUUAGUGGAGGGAACAAGUAAGUGCCAGCAUCUCAAGCUUUGAUGUUUUUUUAUUUAUUUUUCAGUUUUUAUCUUUAUUUAUUUUUUGUUUUGAUGCAAAGAAAGCAUCAACUUGAAGUCCACAAUUGCACAGUUAUGUAUUAAAAUGAUCACAGUUAUUGAAGAAUGUAACAGUAUCUGUUUAAACUGGCACACAUAAUUAUUGAAAUAAUUGAAAUAAAAAAAAUGAGUGGUACUUUAGUUUAGCAGCAGAUGGCACUUUUGAUUUACCUUGCUGUCAUUGCAUCUCCUCACCUGUAGUAGAUCAGACAUGGCAGCAGUUUCCACCAAAUUAAACAUAUUUCUCUGUCUAUCUUACUUUUAGCUGUUUCUGUUAACACCUGUAAAUUUUGAAUGUAGCAAAAGUGCUUAAGCUCAUAAUUUUUCCCAUUUACACUCUUCCUUGUCCACUGUGUGGCAGCAGAAAUCCCAAAACCUAUCUCACCGAGCCCUGCUGAAAUUGAAUUGUUCAGUAUAGUGGGAGCAUCUGUGGGAGGAACAGCCUAUUUUAUGAAAGAACUGCUUUUCCUUGGACACAGAUCAUGACGCUGUUUUAUGUUGGGCCUUGAUUCUUUGUUGCAUUGACGACAAAAGAUAAGGACAUGAACAUCACUCACACGAGGCCAAACAACGAGUCUGAAUAAAGCAAGAAAUAGGCAUUUUGAGACAAAUUUAGAACAUUUGAACCGUUUAUUUUACUUCUGAAAACAGUGUUGUUUGAAAAAUGUUAUUUGACGAAAGACAUCCAGUUUUUAGUGAUUAUCGUCGACUUUUUGUUCAUCUAUGUUAUGAAGGCUGAGCUGUUACAUGAGAGAAACUGGUUAAAUUGGAUGUCUGUCUUUCAGCAUUUGACUGCAAAAUAAGAAGACAACGCUCAAGACCUGGCCCAAAAAAGAAGACACUGCCCUUACCACAAACUCCUGAAGAAAUGUACAGACUCACCUGCAGGUAAUGCCUGUACUCCUUUAGUAGCAGGGCUGGUUACACUCCUUAAUAUUGAUAUGAACUGUAUGGAACGUAAGAAAUUAGUAAUCCAGUAGACUGCAGCAUUGAAUGGAUUUUAACCAUGUAAAUGUGUCUUAUUUGAUGCUUGUGGCUGCCAUAUUUUGGGUUAAACAAAGGACUAACUCUUAACUUAAUUGGAACAAAAACUACCACACAAGCACAAAAACAAAGGUUAUGGUCAAAAUCACUUAUUGUUGGUGCAAGUGGAUAAUAAAUAUCAAAGAUACAUAUGACCUUUUAAGCAAUGUCAAAAUUUGCUCCUACAAAACUGUACAAGAAUGUUUAAAUCCAGUCAGGUUACUUUGAACGGCUUAGAGAUCACCUUUGCCAUUCAGGUUCAGCAUCUGAUGAUCCAUGUGCCUCAAAAUUUGAUAGUUCCCAAUGUUGUCAGUGGAUCAAACUGGUGCAAAAUUCAACAGACUGGCCAGACCAUCUUUAAGCAUCUUGGCAGCAUGACUCAAAACCACAAACACGACUUAGUAUCAUAAUUCUUUCCCUCUGUUUACAGGUUCUGUGACCUCGUCUUCCAGGGCCCCCUUUCAGUGCAGGAGGACUGGAUUAAACAUUUACAGAGACACAUAAUGAACACUAGUGUCCCUCACACAGGGCUUGGCAUGGUCGAGGUCACCUCGCUGCCCAAAACCCUCAAGACUGAACAGGACAGCUCUCUGACGGCCACGAACUCUGCCUCAUGAAGCCAGUAGGGACCUUUUUAGAUUUCACUAGACUGUAUGUGUAUGUACAUUGGAUGUUGUUUCACUUCUUUUUUUAAUUCAAUUAAAUACUGGCCAAAAGUACAAUAUCCCUCUAUGAAAGAGAAAAUGUUGACAUUUAGAGAGAUGACAAAGUUAAUUAUUUUGGAUAUUGUUACCUUCUUUUCUGUUUGUACAUGGUUUCCAAAUGGACUGACUGUUUUUUCUUGUUUUAUGCAGUAAUGUAGUGUGGAAUCCAUUUCUAAUGAAGACAACUUUUACCUCAGAUUUAUCAUGGUUUGAGUCCGUUUUGUCAAAAUUUGGGAUCACUUCUCUUCUGUACCAAUUUCCAUAUUAACAAGAUACAUAAAAUCAUGUUUCCUUUGUAUUGCAACAUGUUUUCCCACAGGUUGUUGUUUUUUUUUAGGUCACACGAAUUUUGAGUGAUGACACUUGAAGCUCACCAUGAACAGCUCCAGAGAUCACAGGUCGGAAAGUGGGCUACUGAACAAGAACAGAAAUGAAGUGUCAGCAAACUUGUUAUGCAUAGAGAGUGUUUUAUAGUAUUUCAGUCAACACAUUGUUCCCAAAAAUCAAACACAGAAAUUUAAACUGAAGGUGGUUUAAAAAAAUGACCAAGAACAAGCACAGCUAGUGCUGAGGAUCCCCUUCAUACAACAUGUCACCUAUAUUUAAUGUUUAAAUAUACUGUUUUGAGAUAAUUUAAUUUUUAAUGUACUAUAUCACACAGAUACAAUGCUUAAAACAUUUGUGUUGUUCUAAAUAAAAAAACAAGGAAACAAGUUGA